GGGCCGGAGGGUGGGGACUGGCGCGGGUAGAAAACAGGACGCUCGGAGCGCCGGGCCGGCUUUCUGCCACUAGGCGCGGUCUCUAGCGGAGCGCUGCGGGAGCUGCGAGCGGCGCGCGCCCAGCUCCCCGGGAAGGAACGGCGAGGCCGGCACCGGUGUGCGAUGGAGCGCGGGGCGGCGGUGCGCUCGCUGCUGCUGCUGCUGGCGUUCGCCGCCUGCCCGGCGCUAGUCGGCGGCCAAGGAUGCGAUGGUGACCGUUUUCAAUGUGGAAAUGGGUAUUGUAUCCCUAGAAGCUGGCGGUGUGAUGGGACCAAUGACUGUUUGGAUGACUCAGACGAAGCUGGCUGCCCUCAUCGAUCAUGUGCGGCAGGCCUUUUCCGGUGUCAUGGUGGGGAAUGCAUUCCUCCCUCUUGGGUGUGUGACCAUGAGCAGGACUGCAACGAUGGUUCCGAUGAACAGAAUUGUCCUGGGACAACGUGCUCGAGUGAUCAGCUGACGUGUUCUGAUGGCCACUGUAUCCCCAGAGCGUACAGGUGUGACCACGUGCAGGACUGCCCUGACGGGACUGAUGAGAGAGACUGCCACUAUCCAGUAUGUGAGCAGCUUACCUGUGCCAAUGGAGCCUGCUACAACACAAGUCAGAAGUGUGAUUCAAAAGUGGAUUGCAGGGACUCCUCUGAUGAAGUCAACUGCACUGAGACAUGCUCGAACGACGAAUUUCAGUGUGGCACCGGAGAAUGUGUCCCUCGCCCCUAUCUCUGCGACCAUGACAAUGAUUGUGAAGAUGGCAGUGAUGAACAUAAUUGCAACUAUGAGACCUGCAGCGGUAACCAGUUCACUUGCCCUGGCGGCCAGUGCAUUCAUCAGAACUGGGUUUGUGAUGGACAGGACGACUGCCCAGACUUUGGAGAUGAAGAUGGAUGUGAAAGCAACCAGCGUCAUCAUUCAUGUUACCCCAGAGAGUGGCCUUGCCCACACUCUGGACAUUGCAUCUCCAUUUAUCAAGUUUGUGAUGGGAUUUCAGAUUGUCCCAGAGGAGAAGAUGAAAACAGUACUGCUAGCGGAAGUUCUUGUGGUACUAGUUUGUGCUCUGUCUUAGACUGUGUGUUCCAAUGCCAUAAGACACCCUAUGGAGGAUCGUGUUUUUGUCCCCCAGGUUAUGUCAUCAACCAGAAUGAUAGCCGAACCUGUGUUGCUUUUGAUGAUUGCCAGAUAUGGGGCAUUUGUGACCAGAAGUGUGAAAACCGCAUGGGCCAUCACCAGUGUGGGUGUGAAGAAGGAUAUGUGAUGGAGCGUGAGCGGCAUUGCAGAGCUAGUACUUCCUUUAAUGAGGCCUCUGUUAUCUUCUCCAAUGGUCGGGAUUUGGUAAUUGGUGAUAUUCAAGGAAGGAGCUUUGAGGUUCUAGUACAUUCUCAAAAUCGUGGAAUGGCCAUGGGUGUGGAUUUUCACUAUCGUGAGCACAAAGUUUUUUGGACAGACCUCAUGGAAAAUAAGGUUUUUUCAAUUGACAUGAAUAGUUUAAAGAUCCAAGAAAUUGUCAAUGUUUCCAUUGAGACUCCAGAGAAUUUGGCUGUUGACUGGGUUAACAAUAAACUUUACAUAGUAGAGACUAGGGUCAACCGCAUAGAUAUGGUAAACUUAGAUGGAAGUCACCGAGUUACCCUCAUAGCUGAAAACUUGGGGCACCCUAGAGGAGUUGCCGUGGACCCAACUGUUGGUUAUUUAUUUUUCUCAGACUGGGAAAGCCUUUCUGGGGAACCUAAGGUGGAAAGAGCUUUCAUGGAUGGCAGCAACCGGAAGGACUUGGUAAAAACAAAGCUAGGAUGGCCGGCUGGGAUCACUCUGGACCUUUUAGCCAAGCGCAUUUACUGGGUUGACUCCCGAUUUGAUUACAUUGAGACUGUAACUUAUGAUGGACUUCAGAGGAAGACAGUGCUUCAUGGAGGCUCCCUCAUUCCUCAUCCCUUCGCAAUAGCCUUGUUCGAGGAGAACAUGUUCUACACUGAUUGGACCAGGAUGGCUGUGAUGAAAGCCAACAAGUUCGAGGAAAACCACCCCCAGAUCUACCACCAGUCUACCCUGAGGCCCUUUGGGGUGACUGUGUACCAUGCCCUCAGGCAGCCCAAUGCUAGCAAUCCGUGUGGAGAUAACAACGGGGGUUGUGAGCACAUGUGUGUCCUCAGCCACAGAACAGAUAACGGUGGUCUGGGUUACCGCUGCAAGUGCUUAUAUGGCUUUGAGCUGGACUCGGAUGAGCGCCACUGUGUAGUGCUCAAGAACUUCUUGCUCUUUUCAUCCGAAUGGGCUGUGCGAGGGAUCCCAUUCACCCACUCUAUCCAGGAGGAUGUCAUACUUCCGGUGACAGGGAGUCCUUCUUUUUUCCUUGGGAUUGAUUUUGAUGCCCAUGAAAACACUAUCUUUUUUUCAGAUACCUCAAGAGACAUGAUUUACAAACAAAAGAUUGAUGGCACAGGAAGAGAAAUUCUCACUGCUAACAGGGUGGAAAAUGUUGAAAGUUUGGCUUUUGACUGGAUUUCAAAGAAUCUUUAUUGGACAGAUGCUUCUUUUAAGACUGUUAGUGUCAUGAGGCUUGCUGAUAAAUCCAGACGUGCAAUAGUGCAGAAUUUAAAUAAUCCUCGAGCAGUUGUGGUUCAUCCCAUCGGUGGGUAUAUAUUCUUCAGUGAUUGGUUCCGUCCUGCUAAAAUUAUGAGAGCAUGGGCAGAUGGAUCUCACCUUGUGCCUAUAGUAAACACCACUCUUGGGUGGCCCAAUGGAUUGGCCAUCGAUUGGGAUGCUUCACGGUUGUACUGGGUUGAUGCCCUUUUUGAUAAAAUUGAGCACAGCACUUUUGAUGGUUUAGAUAGAAGAAGACUGGACCAUAUAGAGCAGAUGACUCAUCCAUUUGGACUUACUGUCUUUAAAGAGCAUGUGUAUUUUACUGACUGGAGACUGGAUGCCAUUGUUCAAGUCAGGAAAUUGGAUGGUGGAGAUAUGAGAGUUAUUCGAAGUGGUAUUUCCCGCAUAAUGCACGUGAAAGCAUAUGAUGUUGACCUCCAGACUGGAACAAACUAUUGCAGUCAGCCCACCCAUCCCAAUGGCGACUGCAGCCACUUCUGCUUCCCAGUGCCGAAUUUCCAGCGUGUGUGCGGCUGCCCCUACGGAAUGACACUGGCUUCCAACCACUUGACGUGUGAGGGAGACCCUGCCCAUGAACCACCCACAGAGCAGUGUGGCUCCUUUUCCUUUGCCUGCAGCAACGGCAGAUGUGUGCCUAUUUACUACCGCUGUGAUGGGGUUGAUGACUGCCAUGAUAACAGUGAUGAGCAUCAGUGUGGAACAUCAAAUAACACCUGUUCCCCUUUGGCAUUCACCUGUGGCCAUGGAGGAGAGUGUAUCCCUGGACCCUGGCGCUGUGACCGACACAAUGACUGUGUGGAUGGCAGUGAUGAGCAAAACUGCCCCAGCCAGGCUCCUUCAACCUGCCCCAGCUCCUACUACACCUGUGACAAUAACCACUGUGUCCCAAGGGACUGGGUCUGUGACACAGACAACGACUGUGGUGAUGGAUCUGAUGAAAAGAAUUGCAACUCUUCAGCGACAUGCCACCCUAGUCAGUUUCACUGCUCUGAGCAUCGGUGUAUUGACCUAUCUUAUGUCUGUGAUGGGGACAAGGACUGUGUUGAUGGUUCUGAUGAGGCUGGUUGUGUAUUGAACUGUACCACUUCUCAAUUCAAAUGUGCUGAUGGGAGUCAGUGUCUCAGCAACACAUAUCGCUGUGAUGGUGUUUAUGACUGCAGUGACAACUCUGAUGAGGCAGGCUGUCCAACCAGGCCUCCUGGUAUGUGCCACACAGAUGAAUUUCAGUGCCAAGGAGAUGGAGCUUGCAUUCCGGACACUUGGGAGUGUGAUGGGCAUCCAGACUGUGUCCACGGGUCUGAUGAGCACCAUGGCUGUGUCCCCAAGACCUGUCUUCCAUCUCAUUUCCGCUGUGACAAUGGAAACUGUAUCUACAAAGCUUGGGUCUGUGAUGGGGACAAUGACUGCAGGGAUAUGAGUGAUGAGAAGGACUGCCCGACUCAGCCCUUUCACUGUCCUAGUUGGCAGUGGCAGUGCCCCGGCUAUGCCAUCUGUGUGAACCUGAGUGCGCUGUGUGACGGCGUCUCUGACUGCCCCAAUGGGACAGAUGAGUCCCCACUUUGCAAUGAACUGCAGCCAGACGAAGAUAGCUGCUCACAUUUCAAUGGUGGUUGUACUCACCAGUGUAUUCAAGGGCCCUUCGGGGCUACAUGCAUAUGUCCACCAGGAUACCAACUUGCCAAUGAUACUAAGACCUGUGAAGACAUAAAUGAAUGUGAUACUCCAGGAUUUUGUAGCCAGCUCUGCUACAAUCUGAGAGGUUCUUUCCGUUGCACUUGUGAUAGUGACUACCGGUUAGAGGAUGAUGGGAGGACUUGCAAAGUUACAGCAUCUGAAAAUCUGCUUUUACUUGUGGCAAGUCAGAACAAAAUUAUUGCUGACAAUAUCACCUCUCACGUUCACAAUAUUGUCUCACUGGUCCAGAAUGGUUCUCACAUUAUAGCUCUUGAUUUUGAUUUGGUCAGUGGUCGUAUUUUUUGGUCGGACUCAAGUCAGGGCAAAACCUGGAGUGCAUUUCAGAACGGAACAGACAGGAGAGUAGUACACGACAGUGGUGUCUCCAUGACUGAAACUAUUGCAGUAGAUUGGAUAGGACGGAAUCUUUACUGGACAGAUUAUGCUUUGGAAACAAUUGAAGUCUCUAAAAUUGAUGGGAGCGACAGAAUGGUGCUGAUUAGCAAAAAUGUAACAAAUCCAAGGGGACUAGCACUAGAUCCCAGAAUGAAUGAACAUCUAAUGUUCUGGUCUGACUGGGGUCAUCACCCUCGUAUUGAGCGAGCCAGCAUGGAUGGAACUUUGCGUACGGUCAUUGUCCAGGAAAAAAUUUACUGGCCCUGUGGCUUGACUGUUGACUACCCUAAUAGACUAAUCUACUUCAUGGAUGCCUAUCUUGAUUACUUAGACUUUUGUGAUUAUAAUGGACAACAUCGGAGGCAGGUGAUAGCUGGUAAUUUGAUCCUGAGGCACCCCUACGCCCUGACUCUCUUUGAAGAAUCUGUGUUCUGGACUGACCGUGCCACCCAUCGGGUUAUUGAAGCCAACAAGUGGCAUGGAGGGAACCAGUCUGUUGUGAUGUAUAAUGUCCCCCGACCUCUUGGGAUUGUUGCAGUUCAUCCUGCCAAACAACCACAGUCCCCAAACCCCUGUGGCUCUGCCCCCUGCAGCCACCUGUGCCUGCUUUCCACCCAGGGGCCUAAGUAUUACUCCUGUGCUUGUCCGUCGGGAUGGAAUCUCUCCCAUGAUUCUGUGAAUUGCAUGAGAGGUGAUCAGCCUUUCUUAAUGAGUGUAAGAAUGCAUGUAAUUUUUGGAAUCUCCCUUGAUCCUGAAGUGAAAAGCAAUGAUGCUAUGGUACCCAUAGCAGGCAUACAGAAUGGCUUUGAUGUUGAAUUUGAUGAUGCGGAGCAAUUCAUCUAUUGGGUUGAGAAUCCAGGUGAAAUUCACAGGGUAAAGACAGAUGGCACCAACAGGACAGUGUUUGCUCCUCUGUCCCUGUUGGGAUCAUCUGUGGGUCUGGCCUUCGACUGGAUAUCAAGGAACAUGUAUUACAUCACUCCUGCAAGCCAUUCCAUUGAGGUGUUGACGCUCCGGGGAGAAACCAGGUACAGAAAAACACUGAUUACCAACGAUGGCACAGACCUUGGAGUUGGUUUUCCAGUUGGCAUAGCUGUUGAUCCUGCACGCGGGAAACUGUACUGGUCAGACCAAGGAACGGACAGUGGAGUUCCUGCCAAGAUUGCAAGCGCUAACAUGGAUGGCACAUCUUCAAAAAUUCUCUUCACUGGAAACCUUGACCACCUGGAGGUUGUCACCCUUGACAUCAAGGAGCAGAAACUCUACUGGGCAGUCACCAGCAGAGGAGUGAUUGAAAGAGGAAACGUGGAUGGUACAGAGCGGAUGAUCUUGGUGCACCAUCUUUCCCACCCAUGGGGAGUUGCUGUCCAUGAUUCCUUCCUUUAUUAUUCUGAUGAACAGUAUGAGGUUAUUGAAAGAGUCGACAAGGCCUCUGGGUCCAACAAAGUGAUCGUGAGAGAUAAUGUUCCAAAUCUGAGGGGCCUUCGAGUGUAUCACAGACGCAAUGCUGGUGAAUCCUCAAAUGGCUGUAGCAACAACGUGAAUGCUUGUCAGCAGAUUUGCCUGCCUGUACCAGGAGGGCAGUUCUCCUGCGCCUGUGCCACUGGAUUUAAACUCAAUCCUGAUUAUCGGACCUGUUCUCCAUAUAAGUCUUUCAUUGUUGUUUCGAUGCUGUCUGCAAUCAGAGGCUUUAGCUUGGAAGUAUCAGAUCAUUCAGAGGCCAUGGUGCCAGUGGGUGGCCAAGGACGAAAUGCACUGCAUGUGGAUGUUGAUGUAGCCUCUGGUUUUAUUUACUGGUGUGAUUUUAGUAGCUCCGUAGACUCCUAUAAUGCAAUCCGCAGAAUCAGACCAGAUGGGUCUUCUUUUACAAACAUUGUUACCUCUGGGAUAGGAAGAAAUGGAAUCCGGGGUAUUGCAGUGGAUUGGGUAGCAGGAAAUCUGUAUUUCACCAAUGGCUUUGCAACUGAAACACUGAUAGAAGUCCUGCGCAUCAAUACCACCUACCGCCGUGUUCUCCUGAAAACCACUGUGGAUAUGCCCAGGCAUAUUGUUGUCGACCCUAAGAACAGAUACCUCUUCUGGGCUGACUAUGGGCAGAAACCAAAGAUUGAGCGUUCUUUUCUUGACUGUACCAACCGAACUGUACUUGUCUCAGACGGCAUCGUCACACCCCGGGGCUUGGCAGUGGACCAUAGCAAUGACUACAUUUAUUGGGUUGAUGAUUCUUUAGAUAUAAUUGCAAGGAUCCAUCUUAAUGGAGGGGAAUCUGAAGUGGUUCGUUAUGGCAGCCGUUACCCAACUCCCUAUAGCAUCACUGUUUUGGGGAAUUCUAUCAUAUGGGUAGACAGAAAUUUGAAAAAAAUCUUCCAAGCCAGCAAGGAACCAGACAACACAGACGCACCAACAGUGAUAAGAGACAAUAUCUACUGGCUAAGAGAUGUGGCCAUCUUUGAUGAGCGUAUCCAGCCCCGGUCACCAGUAGAGGUCAACAACAACCCUUGCUUGGAAAAUAAUGGUGGAUGCUCUCAUUUCUGCUUUGCUUUGCCUGCACUGCACACUCCAACAUGUGGCUGUGCCUUUGGGACCUUGCAAAGGGAUGGCAAGAGCUGUGCCAUUUCAACAGAAAAUUUCCUUGUUUAUGCCUCAGAGAGUUCCUUGAGAAGCUUACACUUUGACCUUGAAGACCAUAGCCCACCUUUCCAAGAAAUAACUGUGGAAAGACCAGCCAUUGCCCUGGACUAUGACAGCACAAGUAACAGAAUCUACUUCACUCAAGUUUUAAACUCUCGACGUGGUCAGAUUGCCUAUGUCAGCCUGUAUUCAGGAACUCAUUCUCCAACUGUCAUUGUUUCAGAUAUAGGGACUUCUGAUGGCAUUGCCUUUGACUGGAUCAAUAGAAGAAUUUAUUACAGUGACUAUGUCAAUGGGACGAUUAAUUCCGUGGCUGAAGAUGGAUCUAUGCGCAGUGUGGUAGCCCAUGUUUCAAAACCAAAAUCUGUUGUUUUAGAUCCUUGUCAUGGGUACAUGUACUGGAGUAACUGGAAUACUACUGCCCAAAUCGAGAAAGCCACGUUGGGAGGAAACUUCCGGAUCCCGAUUGUGAACACCAGCCUGGUUUGGCCCAGUGCGCUUACCCUGGACUAUGAGUUAAACCUCUUGUACUGGGUGGACACUAGUCUGCAGAAGAUCGAACGCAGCACUCUCACGGGCAUGAACCGGGAAGUCAUCAUCAGCUCAAUCUUUCAUUCUUUCGGCUUGACACUCUAUGGCCAGUAUAUUUACUGGACUGACUUCUUUGCAAAAAAAAUUUACCGAGCUAGUAAAUAUGAUGGAUCAGGUCAGAUGGCAGUGACCACAACUUUGCCCGUCCGGCCUAAGGGUAUUUGCACUGUUAAGAAAGACCAGAACCAAAACUGUAGCAACCCUUGUGAUCAGUUUAAUGGGGGCUGCAGCCAUAUCUGUGUACCAGGACCAAGUGGAGCUGAGUGCCUUUGUCCACACGAGGGGCAGUGGUAUCUGGCCAAUGAUAAUAAAUUUUGCAUCGAGGAUACGGGUGGUGCCCGGUGUGAAAAUUCCCAAUUCACCUGCCUCAACGGCCACUGCAUCCAGGAGCAGUGGAAAUGUGAUGCUGACAACGACUGUGGCGACGGCAGUGAUGAGCUGGAAAUUGUCUGUGCAUUUCACACGUGCCCACUGACGGCUUUCACCUGUGACAAUGGGAAAUGUAUCCGAUAUAGUUACCGCUGUGAUUACUAUAAAGACUGUGAUGAUGGUAGCGAUGAGAGAGGUUGCAUGUUUAGAAACUGCAACGACACCACAGAGUUUACUUGUGGCAAUGGAAGGUGCAUACCUCUUGAAUUUGUCUGCAAUGGAAUAGACAACUGCCAUGAUAAUGGCAGUUCAGAUGAGAGGAAUUGCCCUGAACGCACUUGCCCUUCUGGAUACACAAAAUGUCAGAACUCGAACAUCUGUAUUUCUCGACUUUACUUGUGCGAUGGAGACAAUGACUGUGGCGACAUGAGUGAUGAAAACCCCACUUACUGCUCCACUCACACGUGCAGCAGCACUGAGUUCCAGUGUGUGUCUUCCCGACGCUGUGUCCCUCUCCACUGGUUCUGUGAUGAAGAAGCGGACUGUUCUGAUGGCUCUGAUGAACCUUCCUCUUGUGCACACGCUGAGCGAACAUGCCAAGGUAGUGAGUUCAAGUGCGAUGGUGGCAGGUGCAUUCCAAGAAACUGGAUCUGUGACGGCGAUAACGAUUGUGGGGACAUGAGUGAUGAGGAUGAAAGACACCAUUGUGAACAGCAAACCUGCUCAAGUUCUGAGUUUCACUGUGUAAACAGCAGACCUCCAGCCAGGAAGUGUAUUCCCCGCUCUUGGGUCUGUGAUGGUGAUGCGGACUGUAUUGAUGCCCUUGAUGAGCAUCAGAAUUGUACCCGGAGAUCUUGCUCUGCAGAUGAAUUCACCUGUAAUAAUGGACUUUGUGUCCUACAAUCAUUCAGGUGUGACUGGCGCAAUGACUGUGGUGACUACAGCGAUGAGAGGGAAUGCUCAUACCCGGCGUGCCAGGAGAAUCAGUUUACCUGUCAGAACGGGCGCUGCAUCAAUAAGGCCUUUGUCUGUGAUCACGACAAUGACUGUGGAGAUGAAUCUGAUGAGCAGGAGCACCUGUGUCACGCCCUACAACCCACGUGCCCCCCUCACCAGUUCAAGUGUGACAACGGGCACUGCAUCGAGAUGACGAAGGUCUGCAACCACCUGGAUGACUGUUCGGACAACAGUGAUGAGAAGGGCUGUGGUAUUAACGAGUGCCAGGACCACUCCAUCAGUGGCUGCGAUCACAACUGCACCGACACUCUGACCAGUUUCUACUGUUCCUGUCGUCCUGGUUACAAGCUCAUGUCUGACAAGAGGACUUGUGUUGAUAUUGAUGAAUGCAAGGAGACACCCUAUGUCUGCAACCAGAAGUGUGAGAAUGAAGUAGGCUCGUACAUUUGCAAGUGUGCCCCAGGCUACAUCCGAGAGCCGGAUGGAAAGACCUGCCGGCAGAACAGUGAUAUUGAGCCCUAUCUCAUUUUUAGCAACCGCUACUACUUAAGGAACUUAACGAUAGAUGGCUCCUCUUACUCCCUCAUUUUGCAAGGACUGGGCAAUGCUGUGGCACUGGAUUUCGACAGAGUAGAAAAGAGAUUGUACUGGAUUGACCUAGAGAGGCAAGUCAUUGAGAGAAUGUUUCUGAACAAGACGAACAGGGAGACAAUCAUAAACCACAGACUACCAGCACCAGAAAGUCUGGCUGUAGAUUGGGUUGCCAGAAAGCUCUAUUGGUUGGAUGCCCAGCUGGACGGCAUCUUUGUCUCCAACCUCCAAGGUCAAUACCGCCGCAUGCUAGCCCAGCACUGUAUGGAUGCCAACAACACCUUCUGUUUUGACAAUCCCAGAGGAAUUGUUGUCCACCCUCAAUAUGGGCACAUCUACUGGGCAGACUGGGGUCAGCAUGCCUACAUUGGCAGAGUGGGCAUGGAUGGAGCCAAUAAGUCUGUGAUUAUCUCAACCAAGUUAUCAUGGCCCAAUGCCAUCACCAUCGAUUACACCAAUGACCUCCUGUACUGGGCAGAUGCUCACCUGGGAUACAUUGAGUACUCAGAUUUGGAGGGCCACCACCGACACACAGUGUACGACGGGAUACUGCCUCACCCCUACGCAUUGACCGUUUUUGAAAACACUAUCUACUGGACAGAUUGGAAUACAAGAACAGUUGAAAAGGGAAACAAAUACGAUGGCUCAGAUAGGGUGGUGCUGGUGAACACCACCCACAGACCCUUUGACAUCCACGUGUACCAUCCGUACAGGCAGCCAAUUGUGAACAAUCCUUGUGGUACCAACAAUGGUGGCUGCUCUCAUCUCUGCCUCAUCAAAGCAGGAGGGAAUGGAUUCACUUGCGAGUGUCCUGAUGACUUCCAGACCCUGCGUCUGAGUGACAGAACUCUCUGCCUGCCAGCGUGCUCCAGCACCCAGUUCCUGUGUGCUAACAAUGAAAAGUGUAUUCCCAUUUGGUGGAAAUGUGACGGACAGAAAGACUGCUCUGAUGGCUCUGAUGAGCCAGCCCUGUGCCCACACCGCUUCUGCCGGCUGGGGCAGUUCCAGUGCAGGGACGGCAACUGCACCAGCCCCCAGGCCUUGUGCAAUGCUCAGGAGGACUGCAACGACGGCUCUGAUGAAGACCGCACUCUUUGUGCGAAUCACCACUGUGAGGUCUACCAGUGGCAGUGUGCCAACAAGCGCUGCAUCCCGGAGUCCUGGCAGUGCGACUCAGUGAACGACUGCCUGGACAACUCGGAUGAGGACAGUUCCCACUGUGCCAGCAGGACCUGCAGGCCGGGCCAGUUCAGGUGCAACAAUGGCCGCUGCAUCCCUCAGUCUUGGAAGUGUGACGUGGAUAAUGACUGUGGAGACUACUCGGACGAGCCCAUCCACGAGUGCAUGAGCGCUGCCCACCGCUGUGACAACCACACGGAGUUCAGCUGUAAAACGAACUACCGCUGUAUCCCACAGUGGGCCGUGUGCAACGGUGCCAAUGACUGCAGGGACAACAGUGAUGAGCAAGGCUGCGAGGCACUGACGUGCAAUCCUUCAGGGGAUUUCCGCUGUAAAAAUCACCAAUGCAUCCCUCUUCGCUGGAAAUGUGAUGGGUAUGACGACUGUGGAGAUAGUUCAGAUGAGGAAAACUGUGCUCCCCGCGAGUGCACGGAGAGUGAGUUUCGAUGCACCGAUCAGCAGUGCAUUCCCUCUCAGUGGGUCUGCGACCAAGAGAAUGACUGUGGGGACAACUCGGAUGAGAGGGACUGUGAGUUGAAGACCUGCCAUCCUGAACACUUCCAGUGUACAAGUGGACACUGCAUACCCAAUGAACUGAAAUGUGAUGGAAGAGCUGACUGUUUGGAUGCCUCUGAUGAAAGCACUUGUCCCACUCGCUUUCCCAAUGGUACAUACUGCCCAGCUGCUCUGUUUGAAUGUAAAAACCAUGUUUGUGUCCAGUCGUAUUUUAUAUGUGAUGGCGACGAUGACUGUGGUGAUGGUUCCGAUGAAGAGCUUCAUCUCUGCUUCAGUGUUGCCUGUGAACCUCCUCACCGUUUCCGGUGUGACAAUAGUCGUUGUCUUUAUUCUCACCAGCUGUGCAAUGGUGUGGACGACUGUGGAGAUGGAACUGAUGAGAAAGAGGAGCACUGUAGAAAACCGACCCCCAAGCCUUGUACAGAAAAUGAAUUUAAGUGCAGCAGUGGAAAUUGCAUUUCACAGCACUAUAUCUGUGAUGAUAUUGAUGACUGUGGUGACCUCUCUGAUGAAACGGGUUGCAACAUCGGAAAAGACAGAACGUGUGCUGAAAAUCUGUGUGAACAAAAUUGUACCCAGUUAAGUGAAGGAGGAUUUAUUUGCUCCUGUAGAACUGGGUACAAAGCUGGUGCUUCGGACAGAAACUCUUGUCAAGACAUCAACGAAUGUGAGGAAUUUGGAAUUUGUCCCCAGAACUGUCGAAAUACCAAAGGAAGUUAUGAAUGUUUCUGUGCGGAUGGCUUCCGGUCUAUGAGUACCCACUAUGGAGAGCGUUGUGCAGCUGAUGGAAACUCACCUUUGUUGCUAUUGCCUGAGAAUGUUCGAAUCCGAAAAUAUAAUGUUUCAUCUGAGAGGUUCUCAGAGUAUCUUGAAGACGAGGAACAUAUCCAAACUAUUGAUUUUGAUUGGGAUCCUGAGGGCACAGGCCUCAGUGUUGUCUAUUACACUGUGCUCGCUCAGAGCCCCAGGUUUGGUGCUAUCAAACGUGCCUACAUCCCUAAUUUUGAAUCUGGCAGCAAUAAUCCCACGCAUGAAGUUGACCUGGGCCUGAACUAUGUCAUGCAGCCAGAUGGAUUAGCAGUGGACUGGGUUGGAAGGCAUAUCUACUGGUCAGAUGCCAAGAACCAACGAAUUGAGGUGGCCAGACUGGAUGGAAGGUACAGAAAGUGGCUGAUCACCACUCAGAUGGAUCAGCCUGCCGCCAUUGUUGUGAAUCCCAAACUAGGGCUUGUGUUCUGGACCGACCAGGGGAAAGAACCUAAAAUCGAGUCUGCCUGGAUGAAUGGCGAGCAUCGCAGCAUCCUGGUUUCCGAGGACCUGGGCUGGCCAAAUGGCCUCUCUAUUGAUUAUUUGAACAAUGACCGGAUCUACUGGAGUGAUUCCAAGGAGGAUGUUAUUGAAACCAUAAGAUACGAUGGGACUGAUAGGAGAGUCAUUGUAAAGGAAGCCAUGAAGCCUUAUAGCCUGGACAUCUUUGAAGACCAGUUGUAUUGGGUAUCUAAGGAGAAGGGAGAAGUGUGGAAACAAAAUAAAUUUGGGCAAGGAGUGAAAGAGAAAAUGCUGGUAGUGAACCCAUGGCUCACUCAAGUUCGAAUCUUUCAUCAACACAGAUACAAUCUGUCAGAGCCCAACCCUUGUAAAGACAUCUGCAGCCACCUCUGUCUCCUGAGACCUGGAGGAUACAGCUGUGCCUGUCCCCAAGGCUCCAGCUUUAUAAAGGGGAGCAUUACGGAGUGUGAUGCAGCCAUCGAGCUCCCCAUCACCAUGCCCCCCCCAUGCAGGUGCAUGUACGGAGGAAGUUGCUAUUUUGAUGAGAAUGACCUCCCCAAGUGCAAGUGUGCUAGUGGCUACACUGGAGGUUACUGUGAAAUCGGGCUUUCCCAAGGCAUCCCUCCAGGAACAACAGCAAUGGCGGUGCUGUUGACGGUCCUCCUCAUCAUCAUACUUGGAGCUCUGGGAACUGUAGGAUUUUUCCACUACAGGAAAACUGGUUCCCUUUUACCCGCUCUGCCCAAGCUGCCAAGUUUAAGCAGUCUUGUGAAACCCUCUGAAAAUGGAAAUGGGGUGACCUUCCGAUCCGGGACAGAUGUUAACAUGGAUAUUGGCGUGUCUGAUUUUGGUCCCGAGUCUGCGAUUGACAGAUCAAUGGCCAUGAGCGAGCACUUUGCCAUGGAGAUGGGGAAGGAGCCUGUGAUAUUUGAAAACCCCAUGUACUCGGCCAGAGACACAGCUGUCAAAGAGGUCCUGCCAGCCCAGGUGACUCUAUCUGAAAAUGUGGAAAACAAGAAUUAUGGAACCCCCCAAAACCCUUCUGAGCUAGUUCCAGAGCCAAAGCCAACUUCCCCAGAUGCUGAUGGAACACAGGCCACAAAAUGGAGUAUCUUCAAACGAAAACCCAAACAAACCACCAACUUUGAGAAUCCAAUCUAUGCAGAGAUGGACAACGAGCAAAAAGAAUAUGUGGCUGCAGCCCCACCUCCAUCUCCUUCUCCUCCUGCUAAAACUUCUCAGAAAAGAGGCCCAUCUCCCGGGUACACUGCAACAGAAGACACUUUUAAAGACACUGCAAAUCUUGUUAAAGAAGACUCUGAGGCAUAGCCAUGCCAGCCACCUAGGGAAUAAUUAGAAACAUAACUUUUGCACGUAUAUUUUUUACAAACAAAUGAAAAAAGUUAACAUUCAGUACUUCAUAAAAAAAUAUAUAUUUUUUCUCUGGUUGCUUAUAGUUGGAAGUGUCUUGUGUGUCUUUUUUACUUAUGCUGUUUCAUAUUUUUACAAAUAUCACGAUGUACUAUAUGUAUAUCUUUGCACUGAAGUUGUCUGAAGGUAAUGCUAUAAAUAUAUUGUACAUUUGUAAAUUUUGGAAAGAUAAUAACAUCACUGAAUUUGCUGAUAAAAGUAUCUGUUGAAUUGGUUGGUGAUCAUUAUAAUACAUGAUCCGGUGGGGAGAAGAAUUGGCGGGGGCCCUUAGUCAUGUCUAAAGAAGGGGAAACCACUUGUAUUUCCUUUAAAACCAUCUAGGAAAGGAGUCCAGGCCUCACUCUUGGGUCCAUUUUUACACCUCAGCACUUAAUUAAUGUUCGGUGUUAUGUGUCAACCUGAUUAAUGGAUAUCGAUAGAGGACCCUGUUGUAUACACGUCUGGGUUGACUAUGGAUGCCUCAGACAGUACAAAAGGUGGAAAAAGCAAUUCAGUUUCACCCUUCCGCAUAUUUCUGUUAUCUACCCAGAAAAUUCUGUUUCACGUGUUCUCUCACUAGCUACCAAGAUGACAUUUUUGUUUGUAAUGUUGAUGAGGAAACCCAUGUCAUUAGGUGUAGGUGUCCUACACUGAGUCCACAUUUAGUUGAAUGAGCUCCUUCCCCUGAUGGCCCUUGGAGCAACUUCUCAGGUGGUCACCUCCCCUAGUGACUGGAGCUCAGUUAGCUGAAUCACUAAAACCAAAUCUGUGUCUUCUUAAAGUAAGGUGCAAAACAAAUACCAGUAUAAUGAAGCCUCAACUGGGUUUUUGUUUCUGUGUGUGAAAUUAUCAUUAUAAUGCCUAUUUAUUUCCUAAGUUGAACAUGACUAGAAAGGGAAACCAUUUUUACUGAGCCUUAUUUGGGUCCUUUGCCUAAAUCCGUACAUUGGUAUCAGAAUGUACUGUACAACUCAGCUCCCUCUAGAGUAGAUGCUAGAGUCUCCACCACAGCAGCCAUGGCAGGAAUACACAUUUCCAUAGCCAGUAGCAUUCCUAGUUCUCUGUGCUAAUAUUGCAUAUUUGUUAAAAAAUGAAUGAAUAGGGCUGGGGAUCUAGCUCAGCGGUUCCGCUGCCUGCCUCGAAAGCACAAGGUCCUGAGUUUGAUCCCCAGUACCAAAAAAAAAAAAAAUAAAAGGUCUCUUCAAAAAUGAAUGAAUGGCUGGAUGGAUGAAUGAAUGAAAUGUACUACUGAUUAUUUUAUUCCUGAGUUCUCAAAAUAUUUGUUGCUCAUAUUUUGAGUGCUGAUUUUAAUUACUUGGAAACAUACCUUGAUUAGAAAAAUAACUGGAAAUGAUGCUGCUGAAAAAUUUCUAAUAAAUGUGUAUUUUAUCAGAA